UUUAUUAAAAAUAGAAAAAGUCAAAAAUAAUCUACACAUGGACUUACAUUACUUUGAGAAAGAACUAAACAUUAAUCAUAACACAAUAAGACAACACACUGCGAAUAGCUUUGCAGUUUGACUUUUACCGUUGGUCUAGCACCAUGCAUACAUUGGAUAGUAAUUAUUGUACACUACUGCCAUCUAGUGUUGAGUUUUUUUUUUCAUUUUAUGAAAAUAAAUAAUAUUACCAAUAAUAAGCCCCUUGUUUUCUCAUUAUCUUCACAGUACAUAUCAGGCAUGUUGUGGUACUUUCUUCAUUUCUUCAUUAUUACAUGUGUUUGAUGAUCACAUCAAACAAAAUACUUGUGAAGGAAACCAUGCGCCUUUAUUUUGAAGGCAGAACGCUGAAACCGGAAGUGUUUCGUUUAUAUUAGCAUAGAGCGGCGAGUUAAGGCGCCUACAUUUUUACAGCAGUUACUAUUUGACUGUGGUUCUUCGCGCCUCAUGUUUGUCAGUUACAGCGAUAUUACCUUGACAAGCACAUAACGUCAACAAGAAACGCUAACAGCGACAUCAAUCUCCUUCAUGGACUGAAGCCUUUAUUCUCUCCGCUCUCCGCUGGUACGCUGACAUGGCUGCCAACCCUCCAGGACCAGGCUUUCAGAACAAGACGCGGGUAGCCAUCCUGGCGGAGCUGGACAAGGAGAAGAGGCGGCUGUUGCAGAAUCAGUCCAUGAACAGCCCCGGAGCCAACAUCCCCCUGUCAACCAGACCGAGUCUGAAGGAAGCGAGGGACAGUGCGGAGCAGCAGCACAUCGCCGCCCAGCAGAAGGCCGCCCUGCAGCACGCUCACGUACACUCCUCCGGCUUCUUCAUUACUCAGGACUCCUCGUUUGGGAACCUCAUCCUCCCGGUGCUCCCCCGCCUGGAGCCAGGACUUUUGACUUUGAACGUCCCGACAAAUACUGACUGGCCCUGGGCCCGGGUGUACAUUGGCAACAACUCACAUUCAAAAUCAUACAUGUUGUUUCUCUGUUUCAUACGAUAUUUGUGCUGUAAUCGGUCCAGUUGUGAUAGAGCCAUCUAGAUCUAACCCCAUUGACAGAAUAAAACACGGUGUUUAAACUCA